UGGGCCGAUCUAGCAACAAGGGGCGGUGGUUGUGGUGGUGGUAGUGACGGAGGGCGAGGAGGACAAGGAGUGGCGGUGUGGAUGUAGUUAGCGGAAGGUGGAGGACGAGGAGAAUAAGAAUUGGCGCUGAGAUUGGUGUUGGUGGUAGUGGUGGUGUUAAGUGGUUGUGGUGGUGACGUGGGAAAGGGACUAGGAUUGGUGUUGUUGUUGAAGGUAGUAACAGAGGACGAGAGGUGGUGGCAGUGGUAUUAGUGGUGGGGGUAUUGGUGUGUGGUGGUGGUGGUGCGUGCUGGUAGUAGUGGUAGUGAAGUGGUUGUGGAAUCAGUGGUGGUGGUGGUGCGUGUGGCGAAAGAGGAACUUAAAACCCCACACAAGGCGGUUCUGAAUUCCUUGUAAAGUGUGUUAAGUGAACAUUGAUUCCAUGAUGAAGCGUGAUCGAGGGGGCCCUUUGAUCUCCUCCUCCUCUGCCUCCUCCUCCUCCUCCUCCUCCUCUUCCUCCUCCCUCCUCCUCCUCUGCCUACUGCUGCUGGUGACUGUGGUGGCGGCAGCGGUGGUGGUGGUGGUGAUCAUGGUGGUGGAUGUCAGGGGCGUGGCGCGCCGCGAGGAUUGGGGCUCGCGGCCUCACGGAGCAGUGGACGAGGCCUCGGAGAACCUAUUACGCAUAGGAGAACAUCUCGAGGCCUCUGACCCGCGCGUGCUGGCCAUGCUGAGGUCAACCUUCCUGGUGCCGCCCCCCGCCCUCCCCUACAACCUGACGAUGCACAAGAACGCCAAAACCUACUUCUUGAGUCGCUCCCUCGGCUGGGACUUCUACGACCACUACGUCAAGCAAUUCUUCCAAGGCCAGCGAGGCGGCUUCUUCGUGGAAGCGGGAGCCCUGGAAGGAGAGUUCUUGUCCAACACGCUGUGGCUGGAGACAGAGCUCGGCUGGUCGGGUCUGCUCAUCGAGCCGGAUCCUGUCAGUUACCGUCACCUUGCCUGGAAGCGGCGCCGAGCCUGGAUCUCCAGCACCUGCCUGUCCAAGGAGAAGUACCCGCGGGAGGCAGUGUUCGGAGCCCUCACCAAGCCAUACACGUCCUCGCUCUGGCUGUACCACGCCCACACACGCGAGAUAGACUCCCAUCCAACGCUGCUCCAUGAAAGUCUGAGCAACUACUCGACGAUGGCGUACUCGCGGGCCCUGUGCUUCCCCCUCGCCUCGUACCUGGCGACCCUCAACGUGACGGUGGUUGACUUUCUGUCCCUGGACACGCAAGGCCACGAGUGGGCGGUGCUGCGGGGUCUGCCGCUGACCACCUGGCGGGUGAGGAGCAUCGCAGUGGAGCACCUCGGCCCCAAAAAUCCCACCCACGGCGGCUACAACACCGACCCAGCCUUCGUCAAGUACAUGGAGACGGUGGGAUACCGCCUGGUGGACGUGUACAAGGAGGUCAACUACUUCUUUGUCCUGUGGAAUGACGAGACUCUGCGGCGCCUCAGCGACCCGCCGAGGCUCGUGAAGUUCUUCUCGUUGAAUUGAAGCAAGACGCAGGUUGUUGUUUUAGGUGUGUGUGUGUGUGUGUGUGUGUGUGUGUGUGUUUAUCGAAACUACUAUGGAUUUUAGGAAUGCCUUUCAUGCAUAACACCUGUUUCACGAGGGUCACGCCACGGGUUAUGAGGCUCUAACUGAUAUAUUUAUGUGUUUGGAAAAAAACAAGAUGUCAAUAA